AUGGCGAGCAAUGUACAAGAUCCAGAAGCCGCGGCUCGGGGCACGCUCGCUCUGCUGGAAACUCGACUCCAUCGACUGGAGUUCCUCCUAAGCGGUGCCAGCAAUGAUGAUGGGAUUCCGCCUCCAACCACAGCACCAUCCUCCGGUAGCGAGACAUUACGGGCCCAGCUGGAUGCUCUCGACGCCGCACUGACUAAGUUGAAGAAGCUCCCGGGCACACCUGGGUCAGUGGUACGGGAUAUUGAGCGACUAUCAUCCCAGCAUCCUGAUUUAUUUGCCGUAAUGGCCACUACAACGCCCAAGUCUGAGGACAUUAGCACGCUUGCCUCGAUCGUUCUCGCCCAUGCCACCCUAUAUCCCGAGACCGCGUCCAGACUCUCAUCACUACAAACAUUGCAGAUUCCACCUGCAGAUCAAAGUUCGAAGCUGCUGUCACUGGCACCUCGACUUGAAAAGCUCCGACAAGAGGAGCUCCAUAUCCAAGAGGAAGUGCGAGAGCUGCGAGAGCGCAGUGCUAGAUGCCUGGAAUGGUGGGUUAAGAUUGGAGUGGUCGGGAUCGGAGACAUGUGGGAAGAUUGGGAGAGAAGGACCGCCGAGGUGGAGAGAAAUGUCAUCCGCGAGGAGCGACGCGCAAAGGAGCAGCAAGGAUAUCUGUGA